ACAGAUGUCAUUCCGAUAAAACCUAAAGGAAUGUUGGUAGCUGGCGUGUAUAACUACAUAAGUAUGGGUGUGGUUCCUCGUCGUGUCGUAACAAAACCUAUUUGUAUCAGAUUUAACGUUGAAAAAUAAAACAGAAAAUCUUGCUGUCGCAAACGAUUUUGAGUAAAUGUCGUCAGUCUGGCUCUGCUGGCUUUAAGGUAGGUUUUCGUGGAUCAUUAACAAAAAUAUCCUGGCGUCCUUGACAUUUUUUUGCUUGUCCAGACUGGUGAGGCUUAAUUUAGUUUCUCUCUCCUUCCGCCGAGGAAUGGCAGUUUCUAAAGUCUCAAUUUCCGAAGCCAAGCUCUGCUGUGCCAUCUGCCUGGAGCUCCUGAAGUCUCCUGCCACCAUUCCCUGUGGCCACAACUUCUGCAUGGAGUGUAUUGGAAGGUGCUGGCUCCAGGAUGGGGGUUCAAAGACCUUCAGAUGCCCUCAGUGUAGGGAGACAUUUAACUCCAGGCCCCCCCUCUCCAGGAACACCAUCCUCUGUGAGAUUGUGGAGGACUUCACCAACUCUGAUGCCCCAUCCACCUCCACUUCAAAGAGCACCCCUGACCCUCAGGAUGUCCUCUGCGAUUUCUGCACUGACCAGAAGCUGGAGGCCGUCAAGUCUUGUGUGGUUUGUAUGGCCUCAUACUGUCAGGGCCACCUCCAGCCUCAUGCCAGCAACCCUGUUUUCAGGGAUCAUCGGCUCAUUGAUCCCGUCAAGGACAUCGAGGGGAGGAAGUGUCCAAAACAUCGGAAGCCUCUGGAGGUCUACUGCAGGACUGAUCAGAUGUGUGUCUGCUGCCUGUGUGCCAUCAACGAGCACCGGCAACAUGAAACCGUGUCCUUGGAGGAGCAAGCCGGCGAGCUAAAGAAAGAACUCCAUGGGCGUCAAGAGGAAAUGGACGCACGGAUACAGGAGACAACAGACGAAAUCGGAAAAUUGAAACAAAAGGUUGACUCAAUUAAAUGCACCGUACUACAGGUGAAGCAGCAAGUUAAGCAAAAGUGCACCCAGCUGGUGGCCGUUGUUGAGAAGACGCAGAGGGAUGCGUUGCGCUUUCUUGAGGAAGAGGAAGGAGGUGCGGUGAGUCAGGUGGAGGAAUCAUUGAUGCAAUUGCAAAACAGCCUUGCCGGGCUGCAGCAGAACAGGACGCAACUGGAGGCUGCCCUGAAGAGUGAAGACAAUCUCCUUGUAUUGCAGGAACAUCAGUGUUUGGACAGACCCAUGAAGGCUUGCUCUUUGCUGCCUUACCAGGAUGGUGCCAAAUUUCUGGCUGUGGAACGUGCCAUGAGUGAACUGUCCCAUUAUAUCACGCAGCAGCUGCACACCUGUUUCAAUCCACAUCUGGAUCACGAAGGCGCCAAAGCUUCAGGAUACAGUCCAGCACUGGCUGUGCCUCGAGUGAAACAGCAGACACAACAUCCUUCGUCUUCCCGGACACCUGGUCAUGAAGAUCUUGAGGUCUCGGUCUCCCUCAGCCCACCAGACACACGUGUCAUGGAAACAAAACCAGACUCCAUCUGCAAGAGAGCAGAGUAUUUACACAAUGCCCUUUGUUUGACAUUUGACCCCAACACAGCACACAAGCAUCUUCUCCUCUCGGAGGACAGCUGUACGGUGACGGAUGUUGAUCCCGACUGUGUCCCCUAUCCUGAACACCAUGAGAGAUUCAACGGCUUCCCCCAAGUUUUGUGUGCCCAGGGCAUAUCGGAAGGCCGCUGCUACUGGGAGGUGGAAGUGAAUGGACACUGGGCGGGAAUUGGAAUCACCUACAGCGGAAUUAGGAGGAAAGGGUCGAAUAUGAGCUGCCUGAUUGGGCGGAACGAUCUCUCCUGGUGCCUCUUGUACAGCAACAGCAAGUUCUCUGCUCUUCACAAUAAACAGGAGGUCAUCCUCCAGUCAGGGAGGCAGCAACGGAUUGGGGUCUAUCUUGACUACUCUGAGGGGACACUGGAAUUCUUUGGUAUCGGUAACACAAUGAGUCUCAUACACCGAUUCAAAACUGUUUUUACAGAGCCUGUGUAUCCUGCAUUUUUUGUAUUCCUGGGAACAUCCCUCAGUAUCUGCCAGCUGAGUUAGCAAAAGUUAUUUCAGGGAGAAUGCAUGUUAAUUUAGGCUGGAUGUUUCGAGAGAAAGGCAAUCUCACCAACUGCUGUCUGCCAUUCCCACAUCUAGGAAUGCCGCCACAAAAAGAAGGGGGAAUGUGGAUCUCAAGGUGAUGAAAGAUGGAUGCACUUAAGAGGAAGUUACAUAAGUACAUGAGGGAGAAAAGAAUUGAUGGAACUAUUAAUAGAUUCAGCUGGAGCAGAGUAGAACACUUCGGAAAGUGUAGUAGUGACCAGUUGGGCCUAAUUCCCAGUUUCUGCACUGCAAUGUUCCUUUUCCAAGGUAACAAUCUCACCAAUGAUGCUGUAUAACAAUGCUGUAACAGCCAAACAAUGGGUAUCAUAGAGCAGUGGUAGAGUUGCUGCCUUACAGGGUUGAACU